AUGAAUGUGAUGUUGUACCAUGCAGUGUUCUUCAUAUCAUUUUUUCUCUUUGUGACUUGUGUCGACCAUGUUCAUGAAUGGGAUUAUGGUGAAUUGGGGCCUGAUGUUUGGCAUGAAAGAUUUCCUACAUGUGGUGGUCAAUUACAAUCACCAAUUGAUAUUUUAACAGCUUGUACAACAUAUAAAAAUUUUACACCAUUUACAUUUGGAUCUGGCUAUAAUGAACAACACAAUUUUAAACUGAGAAAUAAUGGACAUACAAUUGUUGGAACAUUCAUUAAUGAACCUAAUCUAUCAGCUUUAAGACUUACAGGUGGUGAUUUCCAAGGUACCUUGGAAUUUGUAAAUUUUCAUUUACAUUGGGGAGAAAAUCAUAAAUCAGGUAGCGAACAUGAAGUAAAUGGUAUGAAGUAUCCAGGUGAAAUUCAUUUUGUAUAUUUAAAUCCUAUUACAAAUCAAACUGCUGUACUUGGUAUUUUUAUGCAAAGUUUAUUUUUUCACAAUCAAACACAAAACAGUACGGUUCGUAUCCUGGAUGAAGAUACACGAAAAGAAUGGCAAAGAUUUUUCGAUAUAGCACAAACAUUAAAAGCAGAAGAAAAUACAACUAUGAUGAAUUUAAGUUUAGCAUUACUUAUGGGUGAAAAUUUACGAGAUUUUUGGCGAUAUGAAGGAUCAUUAACUACACCUCCAUGUACAGAGGGUGUUAUUUGGACAAUAUUUAAAGAACCAAUUAUGUUUGUUGAAAAUGAAUUUAAAAUUUUUCGACAAAAUAUUUAUUUUGAAGAUUAUCGUCGUCCACAACCAUUAUAUAAUCGAAAAAUGUAUCGAAAUUUUUUAAAUGAAACAUUAUCAUCAAUACCAGAUUAUAAUUGUUGUUCAAGAAAAGAUCCAAUUAAACCAUCUAAUACAUUGACAUCUUCAUUUAAAAAACUUUCUUAUUCAACAUUUUUAAUUAAUCUUAUUUUUUUUAUAAUAUUUUAA